GAUCAGUGCUCCAAUUUGUUUACCUGCAAAGUGUAGCCAAGUUCCAAGUUGCUGCCAUUGACGGCGGGGUGUCGCGUCCUCGCUUUCACAUCCAACAGAAACCAAAAGGACGCUUUUUCUCUAGUCACUUGCAGCUCCCUCCGAGACAUCCCCUCUAGCCCCCCAUCUCUCCCCCCAUUCCCAAGAAUUCAUCCAUCCCGACAAUCGCGGGCAGCUGCGGCACGGGAGCGCCGAGCGGCAGAUCGAGUCGCCGCCCGUCUCUCCUUCGUUGGCUCAGGUCAACACGCGAGCAGCUCCUGCUUCGAUUUAGAGCGAGGGGACCUCGUCGUUUUCCACCGGCGGUUGUUGGUGCGGUUCUUGGUUCCGGCGCGCCGCCGUGCUGAGAUCGGCGGGGUAUUCCUGUCCCUGGAGUUCCUUGUGCGGCUGGGGGAGUAGCUGGAAGAGCUGCCUCCGGUUUCUUGCAUUUCCUGGUGCUGUUGCGGUGGGGUCCUUCCUCUUACCUGCCGCGCUCGAGCUUGCCGCGUCGUCUUGGUCUGGUUAAGACAAGGCGUGCGGCGGCAGAGGAGAGCAGGCAAAGAAAAAAGACAAGCUUAAGCUGAGGUGUCCCAUGGAUGAUGGUUCGGAGUUGGAUUCAGGGUCAAAGUGUGGUGUUUAGUUUCACGGCGCCGUGGAGCUUGUGGCUUUUAACUCUACAGGGAAGGGCAAUCUUUUUCACUAGUGUCUUUGUUGGUGUGAUCGUGGCGGUGCUUCUCUCAAGAAAAGUGCAGCUCUCUGGUAACACUUUUUGCUGUUAGCAGAUGGACGCAUGUGAUUGCAUUGAACCACUUUGGCAGGCCGAUGAUCUCCUUGUGAAGUAUCAGUACAUAUCUGACUUUUUUAUCGCACUUGCGUACUUCUCGAUCCCUUUGGAGCUCAUAUACUUUGUCAAGAAGUCCUCAUUCUUCCCUUACCGAUGGGUGCUCAUACAGUUCGGCGCCUUCAUUGUUCUUUGUGGGGCAACGCACCUGAUAAACUUGUGGACUUUCGCCACUUAUAGCAAGACUAUAGCGGUGGUAAUGACAGUGGCGAAAGCCGCGACAGCAGUGGUUUCAUGCAUAACGGCAUUGAUGCUUGUGCACAUAAUUCCUGAUUUGUUGAGUGUGAAGUUGCGAGAGAGGUAUCUGAAGGAUAAGGCUGAGGAGCUUGACAAAGAGAUGGGGAUUAUAAGAACACAGGAGGAGACAGGCAGACAUGUACACAUGCUCACACAUGAGAUAAGGAGCACACUUGACAGGCACACUAUUUUGAGAACUACGCUUGUUGAGUUGGGAAGGACUCUUGGUUUAGCGGAAUGUGCCCUGUGGAUGCCAUCCCGCUCUGGAACAGCCCUUCACCUGUCCCAUACAAUCCAUAACAGUGCUCCUAUUGGCUUAGUUGUUCCUAUCAAUCUUCCGGUUGUUUCAAAGAUUUUUAAUAGUAAUCGUGCCGAAAGCAUUCCACAUACUUCCCCCUUGGCUUCAAUAAAGGCAGACACAAGCAGGUAUGCGCCACCAGAGGUCGUAGCUGUCCGAGUUCCACUGCUGCACCUUACGAAUUUCGAAAUAAAUGAUUGGCCUGAUAUAUCUGCAAAAAGCUUCGCAGUAAUGGUUUUGAUGCUGCCUCCAGACAGUGCUAGAAAAUGGCGUACCCAUGAACUGGAGCUUGUUGAAGUUGUUGCUGAUCAGGUGGCAGUUGCACUGUCUCAUGCUGCCAUUUUGGAAGAGUCCAUGAGGGCCCGUGAUCUACUAAUGGAGCAAAAUAUUGCCCUUGAUGCAGCACGUCGGGAGGCAGAAAUGGCUAUAUGUGCUCGUAAUGAUUUUCUUGCAGUGAUGAACCAUGAAAUGCGUACUCCUAUGAAAGCAAUUGUUUCUUUAUCCUCCCUCCUUCUGGAAACAACUCUUACGGCUGAACAACGCCUAAUGAUUGAGACUAUACUAAAGAGUAGUGAUUUUCUAGCAACUCUGACCAAUGAUGUUUUGGAUAUUUCCAAGCUUGGGAAUGGGAGUCUUGAGCUGGACAUUGCACCUUUCGACCUGCAUGCUACCUUUACAGACGUGGUUAAUUUGAUUAAGCCAGUGGCUGCAUGCAAAAGGCUCUCGGUAAUGGUUUCCUUGGCUCCAGAGUUGCCUGCCUGUGCAAUUGGCGAUCGCAAGCUACUGAUGCAGAUAAUGCUAAAUGUUGCUGGCAACUCAAUUAAGUUCACAAAGGAGGGUCAUGUUUCAAUUGCAGCUUCCAUAGCCAGGCCAGAUUCAUUGAGAGACCCGUAUGCUUCUAACUUACAUCCAGUUCCCUCUGAUGGGUCUUUCUACUUGGUUGUUCAGGUAAAAGACACCGGCUGUGGAAUUAGACCAGAGGAUAUGGCUCACACCUUCAGGAAAUUCGCACAUGGUGAGAAUGCAACAACGAAAAUACACAACGGCAAUGGGUUGGGUCUGGCCCUUUCCAGAAGAUUUGUCGACCUGAUGCAAGGGGACAUCUGGCUCGAAAGUGAAGGGGUCGCCAAGGGGUGCACCGCCACGUUCUUUGUGAAACUCAGCACGCCCAAGAAACCAAACGCAAAUGCAAAUCCCCGAAGAAUGAUGGCGCCUCUGCAACCAAGCAAAGGAGCUGGAGGCCCUGGCGCUGAUGCUCUCAGUAUACUCACAAGGGAUGGCGACUCGCGGGGCCCUAGGGCCCGCUACCAGUCGAUCGUGUGAGAGGCAGACGACGAAGACAAGCUCGACUGACGGGAGGCGGGUCGCAAGCCCGAUUUUGAAAUCAGUACGCUCCAUUGGAAGAGUAGGUGUUUGGCUGGUGCAGGGAUCGUUUUCCUACUGAGUUGAGUUGUGGGGGUGAUUGUGUAAAGCCUGAGAUAGUGACUUGCCCUUAUUGGCGGCGGGUGACGAGGAGAGCAGUGUUGUGCUGUACAUGAGGGUAUUGUUAGGAAGGCAAAAACUGAUACUACAUACAUUAGGCACUGUGGCGAGAUCAUGUGAAGAGUCAGUGAGCUGCAGGUGCAAUUCAUGAACAUGAACAUGAAAGCAUUGAUCGGA